AGAUGGCGGCCGACUGCUCCUCUCUCAAUAUAUGUCACUCCACAGUCCUGACAGUAAUUCAGUCUUCCCCGUCGGGCCCCCGAAGGGGUUCGCUAUGCUCUUAAUCUUGCACGCGGUGGGUACGAACGAGGAUGGACACAGAACCAACGCUUCCUCCUCGCCCCGCACAAACAUGGCCGAAGGCGCGUCAAGCAGCGGCGCUAAGACGUCCGACGCCGGGGCACGCGCAGCGCAGGCGCACUUCCGCUCAUCCCGCAGCGGCUGCGGUGGCGGCGGCGGCGGUGGCGGCGGUGGCGGCUGCUGCGCGGGGCAUGGUCCCCGGGUCGGAGGGCCCGGCCCGAGCCGGGGGCCUCGUGGCUGAUGUGGUGUUUGUGAUUGAGGGCACAGCCAACCUGGGGCCUUACUUCGAAGGGCUGCGCAAGCACUACCUGCUUCCGGCCAUCGAGUAUUUUAAUGGUGGUCCUCCUGCCGAGACGGACUUCGGGGGAGACUAUGGGGGAACCCAGUACAGCCUCGUGGUGUUCAACACGGUGGACUGCGCUCCCGAGUCCUACGUUCAGUGUCACGCUCCCACCAGCAGCGCCUAUGAGUUUGUCACCUGGCUCGAUGGCAUUAAGUUCAUGGGCGGGGGUGGUGAGAGUUGCAGCCUCAUCGCGGAAGGCCUCAGCACGGCCCUGCAGCUCUUCGAUGACUUCAAGAAGAUGCGGGAGCAGAUCGGCCAGACACACCGCGUCUGCCUCCUUAUCUGUAACUCGCCCCCGUACCUUCUCCCUGCUGUCGAGAGCACCACGUACUCUGGGUACACGACGGAGAGUCUUGUGCAGAAGAUAGGGGAGCAAGGGAUCCACUUCUCCAUAGUGUCUCCCCGGAAGCUGCCUGCCCUAAGACUUCUGUUCGAGAAGGCAGCUCCCCCGGCCUUGCUGGAGCCACUGCAGCCACCAACAGACGUGAGCCAGGACCCCCGGCACAUGGUGCUGGUGCGGGGGCUCGUGCUGCCGGUUGGGGGUGGUUCAGCCCCAGGCCCCCUCCAGCCAAAGCAGCCUGUCCCCCUGCCUGCAGCUCCACCCUCGGGUGCCUCACUCUCAGCAGCCCCCCAGCAGCCUCUGCCCCCUGUCCCCCAGCAGUAUCAGGUGCCUGGGAACCUGAGCGCAGCUCAAGUGGCGGCCCAGAAUGCAGUGGAAGCUGCCAAGAACCAGAAGGCUGGGCUAGGCCCACGCUUCUCACCCAUUAACCCUCUCCAGCAAGCUGCUUCAGGAGUGGGUCCCCCCUUCAGCCAGGCACCGGCCCCACCACUACCCCCGGGGCCCCCUGGCGCCCCCAAGCCACCCCCUGCUUCCCAGCCCAGCCUGGUCUCCACCGUGGCUCCUGGCCCAGGCCUGGCCCCCACUGCACAACCUGGGGCACCGUCCAUGGCGGGCUCGGUGGCCCCAGGUGGGGUGAGCGGCCCUUCUCCAGCCCAGCUAGGGGCCCCAGCCCUCGGGGGGCAGCAGUCAGUCUCCAACAAACUCCUGGCCUGGAGCGGGGUCCUCGAGUGGCAGGAGAAGCCCAAACCUGCCUCCGUGGACGCCAACACCAAGCUGACGCGGUCGCUGCCUUGCCAGGUCUAUGUGAAUCACGGCGAGAACUUGAAGACAGAGCAGUGGCCCCAGAAGCUGAUCAUGCAGCUCAUCCCACAGCAGCUGCUCACCACCCUGGGCCCUUUGUUCCGGAACUCGAGGAUGGUGCAGUUCCAUUUCACCAACAAGGACCUGGAGUCCCUGAAAGGCCUCUAUCGCAUCAUGGGCAAUGGCUUUGCUGGCUGCGUGCACUUCCCCCACACGGCCCCCUGCGAGGUGCGGGUGCUCAUGCUCCUAUACUCGUCCAAGAAGAAGAUCUUCAUGGGCCUCAUCCCCUACGACCAGAGUGGCUUCGUCAACGGCAUCCGGCAGGUCAUCACCAACCACAAGCAAGUCCAGCAGCAGAAGCUGGAGCAGCAGCGUGGGAUGGGGGCACAGCAGGCACCCCCUGGGCUGGGCCCCAUUCUGGAGGACCAGGCGAGACCCUCUCAGAAUCUGCUCCAGCUCCGCCCACCACAGCCCCAGCCUCAGGGCUCUGUGGGGGCUUCUGCGGCCUCAGGACAGCCCCCGCCCCAGGGUGCUGCCCAGGCCCCCCCAGGCGCCCCCCAAGGCCCUCCUGGAGCAGCCCCUGGCCCUCCCCCUCCUGGACCCAUCCUUCGGCCUCAGAACCCUGGGGCCAACCCCCAACUGCGGAGUCUCCUCCUCAACCCACCUCCGCCCCAGAGCGGGGUGCCCCCACCCCAAGCCUCCCUCCACCACCUCCAGCCACCAGGGGCUCCUGCACUGUUGCCCCCACCACACCAGGGCCUGGGGCAACCCCAGCUGGGGCCCCCCCUCCUGCAUCCGCCUCCUGCCCAGUCCUGGUCCACACAGCUUCCCCCAAGAGCUCCACUGCCAGUGGCAAAACGAAAGAGAGACCGAGAGGGCCACGUGUUUCGAGAAAAAUGGGAGCGAGCCUAUUUCUUUGUGGAAGUGAAGAGCAUGCCUAUGUGUUUAAUAUGCAAAAAAAUCGUAUCUGUGUUGAAAGAAUACAACCUGAGACGUCAUUACGAAUCAAAGCACAGUAAGAGCUUCGACCAGUACACAGAACAGAUGCGAGACGCCAUACUCAGUGAACUGAAAAAGGGCCUCAAGUGUCAGUAGGGUUUGCUUUGGAAAGAAAGCAGGUCUGAGAAGCGGUGUCGCUGAAAAGUGCAGUUCGAGUAAUGAGCAAAGCACGACCUGGGCGUUAAAGCCUUCCACUGUUGGCGAGUUUGUAAAGGAGCAGGACAGUGGUUCCUGGACAGAGACGUUCGCCUGUUGAGACUAUCCUUUCGGCCUGACGGGCGUUUGCAUUGUGCCGUGAGUUGAAGAUAAAACCAGAAGAUUUCCAAGUCCAGUUGCUUGAAAGAGUCAACUCCACUGUGGCCUUUUCUAUCGUUGCUCAUGAACUCUUACCACCCAGUUAGCUUUAUUUAUUUGUGGUAUGGAGAAUUUUGACGCGACCGAAGAAGUCUGUGACACGGUGCCCAGGCAGGCCCGACGCUGGGCGAUGAGCUAUUUUGUGUGUGUAUUGACAGAAAUACACAGACUGGCAAGAACUCCUAAGCACAGUCACAGACCGUUGUGGUAAUGUAAUGAUCCAUGUCACGGGCCUUGUUAGGGCACCUCAAUCCCAGGAGGCAACACUUGGUGAGGACGCAAGUCAGCUCGUUGCCUCAAUCACCAGGACUUGAGUUGUGUUCAGAAGGCACACGGAACACACGGCAGAUAUCCUCAACACGCCCCUGUGCUUUAACCACGGGCAGGUGGACAGUGACCUUGACCCGAUGUAUUUGACAGAAGCUCUGUGACCUGGUAGUCACGUAACGGUGUGGAAGGGAUCUGCACUGUUGAAAUACGUCGACUUGGUUCAUCUCCAAUGAGAUGAAGGCCACACCUUGGUUCCCCUGAGAAGGUCGGUCAAAGACUUUUGGUCGAAGUUACACCCCCCCCCGCCCCCGCCAAACACUAGUUCUCUGCAAAGACGUUCACAAACAGCUACUUGAAUGUAUGAUCGUGUUUGCCCAGUCCUGGCAAAAACGGGGAAGCCACUGGCAAGGAAUAGUUCCUUCGCUGCAGUUGGUUUCCAGAAACAAAAGACAUGGCCUGGACCAUAUUCACCCAGCUGGUGGGGUUCAAGACCAAAUUCCCCCAAAGGUUCUCCACAUCUAGACUCUGUGAAAAUGAACUAACACUGUCCAGCUUGCCUUCGUCGGUUACUGUCGAUGAUGUGAAUGCAGACCACAAGUUGUAGUUACUGAACUACAGGGCAGUAGGGUGCUGAUUCCUAACUGUGACACCACUGGAAGAUCAUACCCCUACAAGUCUCCAGCAGUUGUCUUGAAUUUCGGUGUUUGGAGGUGCCCACGCUUGUAAACAGCUGUUUUCCGUUACAAAAUUGAUUCAAAUUAAAUAACCGUUCCCAGUUAAGGAUUCAAGGUUGAAUUCUAAACUGCCCGUCCCACCGUGACAUCCACAGCCUGAUGCUGACCUCUCGGUGCGGAAGGGGGGUGAGUUCAGCCUUCUGGCUUCAAAAUCAAAGGAGCAAAAGAAUUAUGAAAGAGAAAAUUUUAAUAAUUAAAUAUUUCUAUUUUUCAAUUUGUAUUUUUUCAAUUUUGAAUUUGAAAUAUAAACUCCAGUAUCAUACAUGUUUGUAUUCUGUUCCGUGCAUUCACCAUCGUUCAGUAAAGAUACAAUUUGAUUUGAUUUCUGG